AUGGAGCUGGGCCCGGGGCCCUGCGCGCUGCCGCCCGCCGCCGGGGCCGGGGCUAGGGCGGCGGCGGCGGCGGCGGCGGGGGGACCCUGUGCCGAGAUGCUGCAGGUGGCGGAGGAGGCCUUCCGCGGCGGCAACUUCGAGCUGGCGGCCGAGAUCUACGGCUCCGAGCUGGCGGGGCUGCCGCAGCCCGAGCGGGGCCUGUGCCUCCGCCGCGCCGACGCGCUGGCCAGGGCCGGCCGCAUGGCCGAGGCGCUGGACGCCUACGGCGCGGCGGCGCGGCUGGCGCGGCUGCGGCCCGAGGAGCUGCGGGAGCUGGCGGAGAGCGUCGCCCUCAGCAUCCGCGACAAGGAGCUGCGCCUCCCGCCCUGGGGGAGCGGCGCGGCCGGCGGCGGCGGGGCGGAGGGCGAGAGUCUCGGCGACCCGGCGUGCUGCCGCCCGCCCGAGCUGUUCGCCUGCCCGCUGUGCCGGCGGCUGCUGUGCGAGCCGGUGACCCUGCACUGCGGGCACACCCACUGCCGCCGCUGCGCCGAGCCCGGCGACUGCGGCCGCUGCCACCGCCCGCGCCGCCCCGCCGAGCCGACCCCUGCCGCCGCCGCGCUGCCGCCGGCCGCCGGCCGCCCGCGGGUCAACGUGGUGCUGGGCAACCUGCUGCACAAGUGGUUCGGCGCCGAGAGCCGGGCGCGGCGGCUCCGCGCCGAGGGCGACGCGCUGCGGGAGCGCCAGGAGCUACCGGCCGCCCUGGAGAAGUACAACCAGGCCCUGGAGAUGGCUCCUUGCAAGUGUUCACUGAUAGCACAGCGGGCGGAGCUCUGUACGCUGAUGAAGAACUACCAGCAAGCUCUUCACGACGCCGACGUCCUGUGCCGGAGCAAACCCCACUGGCCUGCGGGCCAUUAUGUGAAAGCAAAAGCUCUGUCUGGAUUGGAAAGGACUGAGGAAGCAUUGAAGGAAUUUCUUUAUUGUGUUGCCUUAAAUCCUGAAUGGAGCUCAAUGAAGAAAGAAGCCCAAAAGAUAAUGUGUGAGAUGUUUUUCCCAGCCUUUGAAAAUGUGCAUGAUAGUCUAACAGCACCUUUCUCUAGUCGAACAUCCCAUACAAGAUUGAAACCUGCAUUUCUGAGUAGCAUAAACACACAGUCAACUGUGGAAGAUAACUCCGUUGCUGGGUCCUCAAAGGAUACUAUGUUCAGGUUAACAAAAACCCCGUCCCAAGAAUCUGAUGUAUUCAGAAGCACUGAUUCUUCUGUUACCCAUCAUGUUCUGGAUCUCUACUUUGAUGACAACCAGAAGUCUUUGGGAGCUAUUCUCUCCAGUUUACCUGGAGUUGGCUUAAAAAGAAAGCUGUCCAAUGAUAUGAGGGAUUUGCAGAGUUUGGAUGUCCCCAAUAAGAUUCUUAAAAAAGAUGGAGAUGUUUUACCCGAAAACACCACUGACACUUCAGGUGAAAUACCAACAACUCUGGUGGAUGCGUCGGACUUUGAGUGUUCCCUCUGCAUGAGGUUGUUCUAUGAACCUGUUACCACACCCUGUGGACACACCUUUUGCCUCAAAUGCCUUGAGCGUUGCCUUGACCAUAAUCCACUCUGCCCACUCUGCAAGGAAAAGCUGUCAGAAUUUCUGGCAAGCAGAACUUACAAGAAGACCGUCCUUACAGAAGAGCUGAUAGUCCGUUACUUGCCAGAGGAAUUAUCUGAAAGGAAGAAAGUUUAUGAUGAAGAAAUGAAGGAAUUGUCAAAUUUGAAUAAAGAUGUUCCCAUCUUCGUAUGCACCAUGGCCUUUCCUACCAUCCCUUGUCCACUCCAUGUCUUUGAACCUCGCUAUCGCCUAAUGAUAAGAAGAUGCAUGGAAACUGGUACCAAGCAGUUUGGCAUGUGCUUAGCUGAUGAAUUAAAAGGAUUUGCAGAUCAUGGCUGUAUAUUAGAGAUCAGGGACGUAAAGUUUUUUCCUGAUGGACGCUCAGUUGUUGAUACAGUUGGUGUCCGUCGUUUUAGGGUCUUAAGCCAUGGCCAGCGAGAUGGAUAUAACACAGCAAACAUCGAGUAUCUUGAAGAUAAAAAGGUUGAAGGACCAGAAUAUGAAGAACUUGUCCGCCUUCAUGAUUCAGUCUAUGAUCAAGCUGUUGCCUGGUUCACUUCACUUAAAGACAAUAUGAAAGUGCAAAUUCUCAAUCAUUUUGGAUCUAUGCCAGGAAAAGAACCAGAACCACAGAGCAACCCCAGUGGUCCUGCCUGGUACUGGUGGCUCUUGGCAGUGUUGCCUCUGGAAAACAGAGCUCAGCUGGCUAUACUGGCUAUGACCUCCCUGAAGGAUCGUCUCAUCGCCAUCCGGCGCGUACUGAUAUUUGUGACUCGCAAAAGACCCAGAUAACAUGGGCUUGUGUUGUGAGUGGGCACCAAAAACAUCUCAUGACAGGUUGUUCUGGGGGAGGGCAAAAGGGGAGGGGUUGUUUUUUGUAUUUUUUAAAGAUUCUUUCAAGAAGGAACAGCCCUUUCUGACUGCGUCCUGCAUCCAUCGAUUGCAUCGGUUUUUUUACCUGGGUAUUCACCAAACCUUGCACACUCUCCUGUUGUCCUGGUGAAAAUGGAGCCUCUGCAGAGCUGUGCUACAUUUAGAAUGUAGCUGAUGGAUGUGGAUAUUUGCUUCAAAGUACUUUGAUAGAAUUGAUGUUUCUAGCCAAGAGAGUUAAGUACUAGAGUAGUGCCAUUGGCCUGCAUGUGAUCUGAAUUUUCACUCAGUAGGAAGAGGAAACUGGACAGUGGAUUGAAGAGGUGUUUCCUAGACUUUCUUGAAGGUAGUGAACAGAAGAGGAGUUACUCUGCCCAGCAGAAGUAUGCACAAGGACUAUAACCAACAGUACUCUCUGUUAGUGAAUUGGAAAGCAGUCUGUCAUACACCCACAUCUCCCACUCUCCCUCUCUCUCUCUUCAGCAAAUAACAGUUUGAGGGAAAAAACAGGUGAAGCCAUUUGUAGUCAAGGCAUCUGAGGAUGUUUAUCUGAAAGAAUAAUAGCUACUGAAUAAGCACACUAUUUGGUAGCCUUAGGUAAUCCCUCCUUUGUGAUUUAUAUGUUGUAGCAGAAUAAGUAUAUACAAAAUGUUUGGAAAUACAUACUU